UUCAAUAGUUUACAAAUAGAUUUCUUUUCGAACAGACUGAUAAAUGAUAAUAUUUUCCAGGACUUAUCCUAAAUUAUCCAUGUAUUUAUUUAAUUUAUUCUUGUAAUUAUCUCUAACUACUUAGAAUAGUGUGCCUCAAGUUUAGGAUAGUCAACAACAACUCCCUUUGUAUACGUAAGUGUAUGUACGUGUAUAUAAUGGCUAAGCCAUCUAAUACAGAAGCCAAGCUUUUCAGAAAUCUUCCUGCGUGCUAAUAUCUUUCUGCCUACAUUACUUUAUGGUAUCAGAGCUGCAAUUUUAAUUGCAUCGAUCAAAUGCUGCUGCCCUCUUUUAUCUUCUCAUGAUGACACCCAAUUCAUCAUCAACCAUUCCAUUUGACAGAAACUCCAACCCACAAUUGAUCUCCCUAAAUGCUUCUUCACAAAUCCCUAUUAAGCUAUCUAAUGACGGGAGUAACUAUUCAUCCUGGAAAUCUCAAAUAACCAACCCCCUCUUUGGUUAUGAUUUAUUGGGAUACAUUGACGGAUCAAUACCCUGUCCUGAUGACUUGGAUCCUACAUUCAGUUUUUGGUCCCGUCAGGGUCGUCUUGUCCUUUUGGCCCUUCAAUCUACAGUCACUAAUUCCGUCAGCCCUAUCAUCAACAGCUGCAAGACAUCCGCCGAAGCCUGGACAAAACUUGAAACAAGUUUUGCCAAUGCCUCCAUUACUCGUAUGCUCUCUCUUCAAAAUAGUCUCGCAACCACCAAGAAAGCAGACAAGUCUGUCACCGAAUAUAUGGCAAUUAUGGAAGGUCUUGUUGAUGACCUUGCCACAAUCGGCCAUCCAGUUUCUCCUGGCCAGAUCAUGUCAUAUGUUCUCAAUGGUUUCGGAAACGAGUACAAGGAGACAAUCUCUGCCCUCAGGAUACAGCCCACACCUCUCACUCUCUCAACACUCCGACAUCAUCUUCAACAAGCUGAAAUCCUUGCCGGUGACAGUCCCGAAAUAUCAGCCUCUGUCCAAUACACUCAACGGCGGUCUCCUCACAAUUCUCGCGGCCGAGGUGGCAGGGGAAGAGGGCGGCACUCUGACAAUUUCAAUCCACAUCACCAUGGAUUUGGAUCGUCUUCCUCUACUACUAAUUCUUCUCGCCCCUCCAUCAUUUGUCAAUUGUGUGACAAACCUGGACACACAGCAAAAAAAUGUUAUAGCCUCACCAAUCCUUCUGUUAAUAUGGUGAACAAAUCAUCAAAUGCAGAGGCCAAUGCAGGAUGACUCCUAGAUACAGGUGCUACACAUCAUGUGACAUCUGAUCUCAAUAAUCUUGCUAUUCAUUAUGACUAUGCCAGAAAUGACUUUAUUGUGAUGGGAGAUGGUAACCGUAUUCCUAUAUCUCAUACUGGUUCUACCGAUAUUGUUUCUCCUAACUGUACAUUUAGACUUAAUAACAUUUUGCAUGCACCUCAAAUUCUUCGAAAUCUCAUUUCUGUCAAUCAAUUCUGUAAACAAAAUCACACUUCUAUUGAGUUCUUACCUGAUUCUUUUAUUGUGGAGGAUCUGACCACAGGGGUAUCCUUGGCCCGCGGCCAGAGUAAAAAUAAUCUUUAUGUAUGGCCGGACACUCCGUCCACGUCUGUGGCUCAUGCAACAUCUCACCUAUGGCAUCAACGUCUUGGUCAUCCUGCUCCUUCAGUCCUACGUCAUAUACUUUCCUCCAAUAAAGUGCCAUUUCGCUCUACAUCAUCACCAUGUCAUCCGUGUCUCCAGGCCAAGAGUCAUAAAUUACCAUUUCAUAUGUCAACAAUAAAAUGUACUAGUCCAUUUCAAUUUAUUUUUUCUGAUGUAUGGGGUCCUACUCCUAUUCCCACCAUUAAUAAUAUUAAAUUUUA